GCCCAUGCAUUGGCCGAAGCCCCGGAGAGGCAGGCUCGGGAGCCGGCUCGGGGUGGGGGGUGGGGGGAAGAUGGCGGAGCUGAUGCUCCUUAGCGAGAUCGCCGACCCGACGCGCUUCUUCACCGACAACCUACUGAGCCCGGAGGACUGGGACAGCACCUUGUAUGCCGGCCUGGAUGAAGUGUCCGAGGAGCAGACGCAGCUGUUCCGCAGCGUGGAGCAGGAUGUCCCGUUUGACAGCGCACUGGAUUUGGGGAUGGACGUCAGCCCCCCUGAGCCCCCAUGGGACUCCCUGCCUAUCUUCCCAGAUCUUCAGGUGAAGUCUGAGCCGUCCUCUCCCUGCUCUUCCUCCUCCCUCAGCUCAGAAUCAUCACAGCUUUCUACCGAGCCUUCCAGCCAGGCCUGUAUAGUAGGGGAGGUUCUGCAUGUGAAGACCGAGUCCUUAGCACCCCCACUCUGCCUGCUGGGAGAUGAUCCAGUAUCCCCAUUUGAAACAGUGCAGAUCACCGUGGGCUCUGCCUCUGAUGAUGCGUCAGAUAUCCAGACCAAGGUAGAACCUGCCUCACCAUCGUCUUCUGUCAACUCCGAGGCCUCCUUGCUCCCAGCCGACUCCCCAAGCCAGGCUUUUGUAGGAGAGGAGGUCCUGGAGGUGAAGACAGAAUCCCCGUCCCCUCCAGGAUGCCUCCUGUGGGAUGUUCCAGCCCCCUCACUUGGAGCUGUCCAGAUCAGCAUGGGUCCAUCCCCUGAUAGUUCCUCAGGCAAAGCUCCUCCAGCCACACGGAAGCCCACACUGCAGCCCAAACCCGUGGUGCUAACCGCUGUCCAGAUGCCACCCAGAGCCGGGCCUCCCAGCACCACUGUCCUUUUGCCCCUUGUCCAGCAGCCUGCAGUGUCCCCAGUAGUCCUCAUCCAAGGUGCUAUCCGAGUCCAACCUGAAGGGCCCACUCCAGCUGUUCCCCGACCCGAGAGGAAGAGCAUCGUGCCGGCUCCUAUGCCUGGGAACUCAGGCCCACCUGAAGUGGAUGCAAAGCUGCUGAAGCGUCAACAGCGAAUGAUCAAGAACAGAGAGUCAGCCUGCCAGUCCCGGCGGAAGAAGAAGGAGUAUCUGCAGGGGCUGGAGGCCAGGUUGCAGGUGGUGCUGGCCGACAACCAGCAGCUGCGGAGGGAAAACAUUGCCCUCCGGCGGCGGCUGGAGGCCCUGUUGGCCGAGAACAGCGAACUCAAGUUGGGGUCCGGGAACAGGAAGGCGCUGUGCAUCGUGGUCUUCCUUCUCUUCAUCGCCUUCAACUUUGGACCUGUCAGCAUCAGUGAACCACCUCCAACUCCCAUCUCUCCUCGGAUGAACAGAGAGGAGCCUCAACUCCAGAGACACCUGCUGGAGUUCUCAGAGCAAGAGCCGGUUGGCGGAGUUGAGCCCCUCCAGGGAGCUGCCCAGAGCCCUGAGGAGCCACAGCCCAGCCCUGCAGGCUGGCCUAGUUUCAGGAACCUGACGACCUUCCCCGGCGGGGCCAAGGAGCUACUCCUGAGAGACCUAGACCAGCUCUUCCUCUCCUCCGACUGCCGGCACUUCAACAAAACUGAGUCCCUGAGGCUUGCUGACGAGCUGAGUGGCUGGGUCCAGCGCCACCAGAGAGGCCGACGGAAGACGCCUCAGCGGGCCCAGGAGAGACAGAAGCCACAGCUACGGAAGAAGUCACCGCCGGUGAGGCCGGUCCCCACUCAGCCCCCAGGACCUCCUGAACGAGAUUCUGUGGGCCAACUGCAGCUCUAUCGCCACCCAGACCGGUCACAGCCAGAGUUCCUGGAUGCAAUUGAUCGUCGGGAAGACACGUUUUAUGUUGUCUCCUUCCGAAGGGACCACCUGCUGCUCCCAGCCAUCAGCCACAACAAGACAUCCCGGCCUAAGAUGUCCCUGGUGAUGCCAGCCAUGGCCCCCAAUGAGACUGUGUCAGGCCGGGGGGCCUCAGGGGACUAUGAGGAGAUGAUGCAGAUCGAGUGUGAGGUCAUGGACACCAGGGUGAUUCACAUCAAGACCUCCACCGUGCCCCCCUCGCUCCGAAAGCAGCCAUCCCCAACCCCGGGCAAUACCACAGGUGGCCCCUUGCCAGUUUCCGCAGCCAGUCAGGCCCAUCAGGCCUCCCACCAGCCCCUCUACCUCAGCCAUCCCUGACCUCUGCAGCUCACGUUGGCUUAGGCCUGGAGUGGUGGUGGGGUACCAAGUCACCGGGUGGGAUGGUUUCAGACCUCCCUGAUAACCUGGGCUUGGGGCCCUUGGUAAAGGAAAAGCUGCGUGUAGGGAUAAAACAUUUAUGUGGGAGUGGGGUGGGGUGGUUCACCUCUUCUAAACUCUUCAGAAUAUAGGGCUCCCCUCAUUCCUGUAUACCCUCAGCCUCCUCUUCCUCUGAGGGUACUUCGUGAGGUCCAGUUUGUGGAUGCAUAGCCUCCCACACCCUCUUUAUUCUUUAGCCGUUCUGUUCAGUCGAGGUGGGAAUUGAAUCCCCAGGUGGGUCAAGGGAUGCUCCUACAUGUUAGAGCGGAGGAGGUGGAGUCAGUUUAUGUGUGUGCAUAUCUUUUUUUAUUAUUAAUAAAAAACAACCUGGAGGGUGUUCA